AGCGGUGCGACGCCAACGAUGCUCGCCUCCCUGCUCGCCGAUCCGGCCGGAGGAGCACCCUCAGACAAGUCGUCCGGCGAGGAGGACAACGCGGACAGCUUCAACGACGCCGGCUCGGUGGGCUCGGCGGCGAGCGAGUCGUCGAGCCGCUCCGAGGCGCGCUCGCACGCCUCGCGCACGUCCGCGAACACGCGCACCUCCGGCAAGUCCGGCGCGACCGCGCUCACCUCGGCGUCGUGCGCGGCGGCGCUCGCCUCCCUGCAAGCCACGUACCGCACGAUGGUCGCUGUCGAGGAGGGCACGACCGGCCAUGUCUCGGCCUCGGCCUCUACGCGCGGGAGUGGGCGGAGUGGAGGCUCUGCGGAGCGCGAGGCGGAGGCUGGCGGCGGCGGGGCGCUCCGCAGGAGCACGAGCGACGAGCGGAGCCCUGCGCGCCGCUCCGAGAGCCCGGACGAGUCCGGGCGGCACUCGCGCGUGCGGUUCGGCCACCGCACACGCGAGGAGAUGAUCCGCGAGGCUGCGCGCAGAGAGAUGUCGCGCCGCAAGCGGGGCGAGAGGGGCGAGAGGGGCGAGAGGGGCGAGAGGGGCGAGAGGGGCGGAGGCGCGGCGCGAGCGCACCCCGCGGAGAGCGACGCCGCGAGGGACGCAAAGGCGCUCCAGCAGUGGAGCAGCGAGGCGGAGCCGCCGGAGCCGGCGCCCAUGUCCACACAGCAAAUGCUCGAGGCGGCGGAGCUGAUGGCGGAGUACGCCAACGCGGCCGGCGCUGCCGCCCGCGCCCGGAGGCGCAGGGGCGCACCCCAGUCGCCGCAGUCCCGCUCUCCCCUGCGUCCUCAGCCGAGGCCGGCGGCUGCUGCCGCGCUGCCGCCCCGGCCCGCAGCAGCCAUGGCAGCGGCCCCGUGUGGCAGUGGCGAGGCGGCGUGGUCAGCGAGUCAAGUCGCGGUGACGCGGCGGGCGCCGCCGCCGACGGCGAGCGAGGGGGAGUUCGGCGGCAGGAACACGACGGAAACGCGCCCCCCUCUCGACGACGAGGGCGAGCGGAACUCGUAUGUGAGCAUUCCGGCGCCGGCGCCGCCAGCAGAGAGCAGCAGCAGCAGACCGGCUCCGACGGCAGAGGGGGAAGGCCAGUGCAUCAUCUCAUGAAGAGAGAAGACGAGUACAGUGCGCUGUGUUAGAGAGGUGUGCGGGCAGCUCUCGUGCGUCGAACAGCUCGUGCACAUGACGCAGCUCUCACAGGCACACAGGGAUUUUAAGGAGAGGAGUGUGCAGUCGCGCUCCCAACUCCCAUAUACGUGCAUCACUUUUGGUGACGGUUACAACUUUGAUCAACCAUAUAGCAUAUUCC